AUGGGGGGAACCAAACAACCCCAACUGAACGGCGGCUUCUACGGCCCCGCCGUCCUGCCACCAAAGAAAAACUACCACCGCCCCGGACGUGGCGGCGGCGGGUGCUGUUGCAACCCCUUCAGCUGCUGCUGCGGCUGCCUCGUCAACUGCAUCUGCACCUGCGUCUUCCAGAUCAUCCUCACCAUCCUCAUCGUCGUUGGCAUCGUCGUCUUCGUCCUCUGGCUCGUUUUCCGGCCGAACACAGUCAGGUUCCACGCCACCGGCGCAUCCCUCACCGAAUUCUCCCUUGACGGAAACAACACCCUCCGCUACGACCUCACCGUGAAUCUCACGAUCCGGAAUCCCAACAGCCGGAUCGGGAUCUACUACGACCGGAUCGAGGCCAGGGCGCUGUACCAGGGACAGAGAUUCGCCUCCGUCGACCUGCAGCGAUUCUACCAGGGCCACAAAAGCACGCGCGAGGCGACGGCGGUCUUCAGGGGGACGCACUUGCUCCCGCUCGGGAGCAGGGAGAGGUCGCGCUACGACGCCAACAGCCGCGACGGCGCGUUCGAUAUCGAUGUGAGGCUCUACCUCCGGACAAGGCUGAAGUUCUGGUUCGUGAAAUCGCCGAGGGUGAAGCCGAACAUUGAGUGCGAUCUGAGGAGGAUUCCCCUGAGAUCAAACGGCAACGUAUCAGGUGCUGCUUUUGAGCCCACGAGGCGUAUGAUUGAUUGA